AACACAUUUUGUAGCUGGACCACUAAAUGACAUCUACCCAGUUGAUGUAGUUGUGCUUAAUUAUGUGAUUUUUGUCAUUUAGUUGGUUGUAUUUGUGUUUCUUUGAAUACUUUUUACAUUAUGCAGGCAGUGAGACAUGUUGUUUGCGCUAUGUCUGGUGGAGUGGACAGCUCUGUAGCAGCGCUACUGCUCAAACGAAGAGGUACUUCCAGAAAGAAAAAUAUGCAUCUGUUUUAGGUUACCGGGUAACUGGUGUGUUUAUGAGGAAUUGGGACUCGCUGGAUGAACAUGGUGUGUGUACCUCAGAGAAAGACUGUGAAGAUGCUUAUAAAGUCUGUCACAUGUUGGAUAUCCCCUUUCACCACGUCUCUUAUGUCAAAGAGUACUGGCACGAAGUUUUCAGUAACUUAUUAAAGGAAUAUGAAAAGGGAAGGACUCCAAAUCCUGAUAUACUAUGUAAUAAACAUAUUAAAUUUAACUACUUCUUCCAAUAUGCAGUCGGCAGCUUGGGAGCUGAUGCCAUGGCUACAGGUCACUAUGCAAGAACUUCCCAAGAAGAUGAAGAAACUUUCCAACAGAGACCUACCCCACGUCCUCAAACACUUUUCCGAAACAGAUUUGAAAUUAGAAAUCCUGUAAGACUACAUCAGGGCGCUGAUCGUUUUAAAGACCAGACGUUCUUCCUCAGCCAGAUACCCCAGGAUGCAUUGAAGAGGACUCUCUUCCCAUUAGGAGAGCUCACUAAAGAUUUUGUGAAGAAGAUUGCAGCAGAGGCAGGUUUCAAGCAUGUGCUCAAAAGGAAAGAGAGCAUGGGAAUCUGUUUUAUAGGAGAAAGACAUUUUGAAAAGUUUAUUCUUGAGUAUUUAGACCCUCAUCCUGGAAACUUUGUAUCUGUAGAAGACGGGAAGAUCAUGGGGACUCACAAAGGCUGGUUUACAUUUACCUUGGGGCAAAGAGCCAGAAUAGGUGGGCAGAGAGAUGCUUGGUUUGUUGUGGAUAAGAAUAUAACAACAGGCGAUGUCUUUGUGGCACCGACCACAAAUCACCCAGCUUUGUUCAGAGACACUUUACGCACAGACAGGUUUCACUGGAUUGCUGAGGAACCCCCUGCUGAACUUAUAAAAAAUAAAAUGAUGGAAUGCAAUUUCCGUUUCCUGCACCAGAUGCCACUUGAACCAUGCACAGUAACUCUUAACAUGGACGGUUCAGUUUGGGUGACACUUGCUAAGCCAGUCAGAGCUCUAACACCUGGACAGUUUGCUGUGUUUUACAAGGGUGACGAGUGCCUUGGAAGUGGAAAAAUCAUCCGACUCGGCCCUUCAAUGUACACCUUGCAUCAGGGGCAAGAGAGAAUGAAAGUGGCAGAAACAGCCCCAGCUAAAACAGACCAUAGUUCGAAACCAGCAAGAUGAUCAUAACAUCAUAAUACUAAUAAUAUAAUUAACUUAAUAAUAUUCAUAUUAAAAAAAACAAACAUCUUGGGUCAAUUGCAGAAUACCAGUGAUUUAAUCUACAUCAAGUAGACUAAAAUGUGGACUAGAAAAUCCUUCAAAUCUUUACUAACUUUAUCCUGAUUGCAGCGUUGCCAAACACAUGAUCCCGGUAAUUGCUUUAACUGAUCGGAACAAGUUGAACAAGUUAGACCGAUAAUGGGGACUAACCUCCUGCUAUGGCCAGAAGUUUUGCAUUGUCCUAUAGAAUUAACCAAUUUUGCUUCAUAAAGUCAAAUGAAACCGGCGGAAUAAUGUUAUGUUAAUAUAUUAAAUUACAUACUGCUGUGUAGUUUUCCAUAUACUUAACAAAAAACUGACACGUUGAAAAAUGUGACAUUUUGAAAUCUAGCAUGAAACACUAAUCGUAAUUAAAUUGGAUACAACUCUGGGAAUGGUUGCCAUUGCUAUUUGUCUUUUAAUUUGGAUGUCACUUCGUUUAAUUGGGAUACAGUAUUUUCAAACGAUGAACAAAGAUCGCUUUUCAGAGCAAGACAGGUUCGCGUAGCACAGUGCAGUGAGUAAGUAAGUACGUGAUUAUGCUUGUGACUUGCGUAAAUUAAGUAAACCACGUAGAACUCUUAGGAGCUGAAAUCUCCUGUGGUUACUCAGGCUGCUGUUGCAAAGACAGUUGGCAUGUCAACAUCGCAGAUGCCUCGCCUUGUGAUAAGAUGUGAUUUUAUUAUUUUUUAUUUCAUGUAGAAAUAAAAAAAACAGCGAUUCAUUUUGUUUAGGAAAAAAAAAAAGUAUUUAACAUUUAAUCAUAGUGUGAUGUGAUUUCAUUCUUUUUCUUUUCAUUUAGAAAAAAAAAGGUGUGACUAAAGUUGUCUCAAAUGCCUCUCGUUUAAUUGGGACAGCCGCUUCUUCAGGAUAUUUUUACUUCUCUAGGGGUGUUCCGAUAAAGCGGCGCCGACUGUACUAUUGUGGCUUCCGGUAGUCUUUUGUAAUAUCAUUUUGUAGUUUGUUUGAUUACAUGAUGUUAAAUAAAAGGUCUAAAUUAUGUUCAUAUAUUUAUUUAUUUUUAAUGAUGUCUCAAUCCUAAAAUUCUAGGUGAAUCAAAACAUUUGGCCAUAGCUGUAUAAACCCUUCUUUACUAAUCUGAUAUGUGGAAUUCAGUGUCAGAUAAAUAUAUAAUGGUAUCCCUGUACAAAAAGAAAGACAUUUUUAUUACAUCAAACAUAUUUAAGUAAAAAUAAAUGUCUAUAAAACUGAAAAUGCUUUGGUAUACUCAAAUGUAUUCAUUUGUUUUUUUUCCCUGCAGUAUUCUUCUGAUGUAAUCAGGAAAUGAAUCUGUAUGCAGUUUAAUGCUGUAUCAGUAUAACAUUUAAAAUGUAAUCUUAAUGUUGCCAUCUCAUUUGUCAAGAAAGCAAUUUUGUAUUGUAUUGCAAAUAUGCCUCUAAAUCAAUUUGAUAUACUGUAUUUAUAUAUAUAUAUAUAUAUAUUUUUUAUAUAUAUAUAUAUAUAUAUAUACAAAGUGCCUGGCAAAAGUAUUCAGACCCCUGACCAAUUCUCUCAUAUUACUUAAUUACAAAUGGUACAUUGAAAUUUCGUUCUGUUUGAUAUUUUAUUUUAAAACAAUGAAACUCAAAAUCAACUGAAAUAUCUUGCUUAUCAAAAUUUUUUUAAAAUAAGCAUCGGAGUAAUUGAAGGAAGAACCACUCAGAAUGAUUGUAAAGUACUCUAAUAUAUACAUAUUUUUCUCGUAGGACUCGUUUAAUUGUUUUUCAUAAUAAAAUAGGAUAUGGUUUUAAAUGUAGGUCAAAAUUACACCAUAGAAACAAAAAAUGCACUUGAAUUAAGUUAUUUUAAGGCGAGCCAUGAUGAUAAAAAAUAACCUAAACAUUUUCAGAAAGGGGAAACUGAGAAUUAGGUUGCUAAAUGCUUUUUUUAUUUUUUUAUUUUUUAUUUAGACCAAUGUCAGCUGCUUUUCCAAAAGAGGCACAUUAAAUUGCUGUUUAUCACAUAAAAUCAUAGAGUAACUUGUUUAAAAAAAUACUUCUGGAAGUAACUUAAUUGAUUAAUAGGUGCUUUGGUGUUCUGCCUAGCAAAUAUUAAUUAUAUUAGAAGCCUGCAUACUAAAGAGAUACUGCACCACUCCCUUUUCUGAAACUGAAGCUUUUGUGAGUAAAAUGCAUGCUGAUUUACAUUUUCCAGGUCAUUUCUCAGUCAAGUAGGGCACUUGAAAACCUAGACUUCUUGGAGAGGUGCCACAUAUCUGGUAGACUUGUUUAAAAAAAAUGCAAUUUGAGAGAAUGGGCAGAAAAUGAUACUUAAUAAUACUGUUUUAGUGAUUUCAGUUGGUGGAGUAUACUUAUUAAAAUAAAUAGUUCAUAAUCUUUUUUUCAGUUGGGUUUACAGUGUAAGUACAUUGUCUAGAUAUGUUGCUGUCUGUGGUACUCAUGAUUCUUUCCAUUCAUUUGAUUCCUGGACCUUGUUUCAACUAUCUCUACAGUUAAUGAACUGACCAGUCUAGAGCAGGGCUUCCCAACAAUGGUCCUGGGGACCCACUGUGUCUGCUGGUUUUCAUUUCAGCUGAGCUCUCAAUUACUUAACUUAACCUUUAAUUGAAAAAAUAAUUUGUUUGAUUUUACCUUUUUACUUGUUUUCAACUCUUAAACAGUUGCAGGUUUCAAGUUAGCUAUACCAUUUUAU